AUGGAUGUUUUCGUGGAAACGAAGGCACGUUGGACAGGUCGCGACUCGAUCUGCCUGGGAUUCGCGGUACUUGCUGUUAUCAACGUGAUCAUGUGCCUAUGGGUCGCAGCUACGUCCAUGUCAAUGGCGCGACGCCAAGCCACCGCCGUCUUCUUAGCCGUGGAGAAAGCGUCGGCGAUCGAGUUUAACCUCACGAUGCAGAGGACGACGAGCUCCGCGUCGGUCAUCAGCGUGACUGGGCAACUGCAGCCUCGUCUUUCGAACUGCUCGCAGCGACUGUACUUCGAUGGACGCAUGACAGUGACAACGCCAAAUGCUAGCGAGGUGUUUGUGUUGACGAACCACCGAGGAUACCGUCAGCCGCAUGAUGGAAGCAGCGUGAACGCGACUUGUUUGACGUCCCAGGACAUUCCGCCGCUGCAUACACUAGCCGACACCGUCCACAGUGCGUUCCACCCGCUAGUCUACGGACCGUUUGCAGUCGAUUGCAGUCCGUUGCAGUUUACGUUCUAUGACGCGCCGUUUGUCGUGUGCGCGGAAGAUUGGCUUCGAGCGAAGUCAUAUCCCCAGCAAUCGAUUCUUCCGACGAGCAGUGACGAGCGACCACACUUUGCGCCCGAUUCCGAUCCGGUGCUGAUCGUUUACGGCAAAAGGUCGACGCUGCAGCUUAUUGUGUUGCACAACUCCGAGAGCAUACCGGUCGACGCUGGUCGAACGUUCGAUCACUGCGAGUAUCUCGAUGCACCAUUGACUUCAGGCGAAUCCUGUUCGAAUCGGACCCUACGAUGCCCCAGCCCACGCGCGGAUGCUUGCGAGGAGCAAGAGGGGUAUGAAGCGUAA